GUUGGUCGUCGUGUCGACUGGUUCGUCUCCAUCCGCCUCUCGUCCCCUUCUGCUCCAUCGAAGGUCCCUCGCGAUCUCGCCUCGAGUAGCUAGUGCCUCGCGCGCCGGGGGCGACUGCGCGCGCGGUCAGUCAGUCUUCGGCGUGCGGGGCGCGCGCGAGAUCUCCUCAGAGGUAGGGGAGAAAAUCGGUGAGGGUCGGCGGGCCUGAUGGGCGGGGCGGUCUCCGGUGGCGCGGCGGUUGGGGAUGCGGCGGGGGCGGCAACUUACCCGGUGGUUCUCAACGUGUACGACCUGACGCCGGUCAACAACUACCUCCACUGGGGCGGGCUUGGCAUCUUCCACUCUGCCGUCGAAGUUCAUGGAUCGGAGUACAGUUUUGGAGCACAUGAUCACCCAUCGAGUGGAGUUUUUGAGGUGGAACCAAAGAGCUGCCCAGGGUUCAUAUACAGAUGUACGGUUUUCAUAGGCCACACAACUCUGAAUUCCUUGGAAUUUCGAGAAUUCAUUCAGAGGAUGGCCUCAGAAUACCAUGGAGAUACCUACCACCUCAUUUCCAAGAACUGUAACCACUUUACAGAUGAUCUUAGCACCAGAUUAACAGGAAAAUCAAUUCCUGGUUGGGUCAAUCGACUUGCAAGGCUAGGCGCCUUUUGCAAUUGCCUUCUACCAGAAGGCUUGCGGCUUGAGUCAACUGAAACAAAGCAUCUUGGAGACUGUCGUUUCUCAGAUGGUUCCAAUACCACCAGCAACGAUAACUCUGACGAAGAUGAAUUGGAAGAUAAACACCUGCUUCCGACUACUUCUGUUGGUGAAGACACAAUUGUAAAAGAAAUUCACAGAUGAAUUUCUGGUGAAGCCUUGCAGUGAUUUCUCUAUGUAUUCUAAAAUGUAAUGGGUUUCAAUACUCAUUGUGCAGCUUGUCGUUCAUUAUGUAUAUUGUCAUUGUAUUUUAAAAUGUCAUGUGCUCUUUCUGUUGUGCUCUGAAAUUUUGUGUACAUUUGGUGGGUAGUCUGUAUUUAUGGUUGAGUUCAUUUCACUUGUUGAAUGAUUGAAUAGGUGGAUGAAUGAGAGAAUAAAAAUUCUUAUGUAG